AUGUCUCGACUUGUGAAGACCAGAUUGGAAAUUUGCAAGAAUAGGGAGAACCGAAAGAACUUGCUUGAGGAUCCAUACGAGAAUUCACUAGAUAAUGCGUUCAUGCUUGGUAAUAGUAUACAAUAUGAUUUUUUGGAAUUCAAUGACUAUGACUAUUCACUAUCGGAUGAAAUGGAGCUUAACAUAAUGAAAAAGGAGGAAUAA